GCAGAUCAGCCUCCUAUUGAAACACCUUUAUCAUUUGCAGGGAGGUUUUGCUGCAUUUGUAAAAAAUAUUAAAGUAAUUGAUGGAAACUGGAGGAUUAUUUGAAAUGGUAGCUAGUCUGUAGACAGCCAGCCCCUCAAAUGGCACCUAUGCUGCUGGAUAAGCUGCAUUAUGGGUAUCAUAUCCUCUUUUAUCACAGCUUUGGUAUUCUCCAGUUUGGAUUGAAAUGUAGCCUUUCUGACAGUGCAAGACUGAAUACAGCGUCAACUGAACUACCACCUUCCCCGGGCAAGCAUUCCAAUAUUAAUGUGGGAUCAGAACUUUUCCAGCUGUUGUUUACAUGUCUAUGAUUAUGAAUUUGCUGAAUCCGUGUUUUGUGUGGAUAGACCAGCAGAGGGCAAUGUAUACACUCCUAUGACACUUAUGCAACACUUCAGCAUGUACAGGAGUUUGACAGUGAAACUCCUGGUUUUAGACUAUAAUGAUUUAUUAGUAUGGUGUUGGGCCUGCUCCUGUACUGCAUCAGUUCAUUCUGAGAAUGAGAGAUUGAAGUCCUGCACAGCCUCCAGAGGGAUUUUGAGCCGUUCCUCUUGCAGAACAGUAACCAGGUUACUGUGUGAUGCUGGUGGAGGAAAAUGUUUCCUCCAAAACACCUCAAAGUGGCUCUGGUGACUGCAGACUGUGGGAGAUGCUCAACUUCACUUUCAUCAAACUACUGCCACCAGCCUUCCUGAUUGUAUUGGUGCAUUAUCAUUUUGAUACCGGGCACCACCUUCAGGGUACAAUGUUUGAACCACUGGGUGAACAUGGUCCUCCAGAAUGAUUCAGUAGUCCUUGGCUUGACGCACUGAUCUAGAACAAAUAGUGGGUCUAGGGCAGUGUAUUUCAACCUUUUUUGAGCCAAGGCACAUUUCUUACAUUGAAAAAAUCCCACGGCACACCACCAACCAAAAAUGUUACAUAAUGACACUCUGUAGCCUAGUAAUGAGAAAAUAGCCUCUCAGUUUAUUUAUACUCUCAGUGUGAAACCUGAGCCUGUUUGGAUAAACACAAAGCUGAUAUUCUGGCAGGAAUAGAAGACGGAGCCACAAUUCUCUUCCUCAACAGCUCUCAGUCUCUCUCUCUUUUUAGUUUUUUAUAUGAGUCAGGCUUGAAAAACUCAGCUCACACAGAUAUGUUGUGGAAAAUGGGAGCACAAUGAUCCCCCGCCUAUUGCAGGGGGUUACUGUAAUGUUGAAAUAGCUUUACAUAAUUAUUCCAAUGUCAUAUUAUUUGCAAAUAAUAAUUAUUAAAGUUUUUUAGACCAAUUAAGUGAAAUUGGAUAAAUUCCCACGGUACUCCUUACAAUCUCUCACGGCACACUAGUGUGCUGCGGCACGGUAGUUGAAAAUCACUGGUCUAGGGAAUACCAUGGUAUUACAGCGCAUAUCAUCACCCUGUGCUGCACCCCGGGUAUGCAACAGUCUGAGUGGUAAGCCUCUGUGGGGCUUUUCCACUGCGUCUGCCAGGUGUACAAAAGACGGUGAAGGUGGAUUCAUCAGAGAACAAUACAUGUUUCACAUUGUCCACAGUCCAAGAUGGCACUGCUGGUACCAUAGAAACCGACGUUUGGCACUGGCAUGAGUGACCAGGUUUGGCUAUAGCCUGGGGAUGAAUACUGACCCUGUGGAGCUCCCAACAAACAAUUUUGGUGGAAACGGGAGUUGAGGUGCACAUUUAAUUCUGGAACGAGUUGGGCAGCUGUUGUUUUAUGUUUUGGAUACAAUCCAGGGUAGUACCUGGACGUCCCUUUCAGACCGCUUCCACUUGCAUCCAGUUACUCCUGUUGGAUGUGGUCCAUCCUUCCUGGUGGUAUGCCGACAUUACCCUGGUUACCAUGGCUCUUGAUAUACCACAAAGAUACACCACUUGAUAUACCUGGUCGCAGAUGCGUACCAACAAUUUGUCCCCUUUUGUCCUAUUUGAACUCUGAUACAUCUCCCAAAUGUUAUGCGGAUUGCAAUAUUUUAUGUACGGCUGUGCUACUGCUCUGCUAAUUCAACCUUGAGACUCUGCUCUUACAGAUGGAAUGUGUGAUCAGUGAAGACUGGACACCAGGCCGCUCAUACAUAGGCGUUAACAUUAUUUUGGCUAGUGUUUGUUUCAUUGUCCAACUCCUGUAUAUCCAGACAUGGUUGAUCAGUAAUAACAUUCUAUACAAGUCAAUGGGCUAAAAUUCAUUCUUCGUUUACAUGCGGCGCAGGAAAUCUCAAAGUUGGACAUGAGCACAUUUGUCAGGUUUUUGGAGGAAUGGUUUCAGCAUAUCUCUUGUAUGAUUAACACACCUCCAUGCAUGGGACAGGUCAUAUAAUGUAAGUCCUUAAAGUCAAAUUGAAUUAAUAGGUCUGUUAAUGGUUUAUAGUAUAAAAACAAAUGAAGUUGUGUUUGUGCAUGCCUGCGUGCGUCAUUCAAACGUGCACAGUAUUAUGUAACAAAGCCUGUCAGCCUUAGAUCACACUGAAAUGAGCAGUACAACAACGCGUUUUUUUUGCCUGAUAUCUCAUAACAUGCCUUAUUUUCUGAAGUAUUAUUUACGACACAAUUACAUGUAAAUAAUUAUACAGAAUAUCCAUGUGAUGCUCUAUAAUCUCCACCCUAAAUGGUUUAUAUUAUUCUUCCUGAGCAAAUGCAAGUGGAACACUAUUUUGCCGUUAAUCUACCGAAAACCUGGCCAGAGGUGCCCUUUUUAAAACAAUUCACCAUUUGUGGUUCUAAAUGCAAACUGAGCCUGAAACCCUCCAGUAUUGUGCAACGGGUUACCCCGUAGUUGUUAUUGCGCCAAAGUGACACUGACCUGUGCUAAACGUGCCCCCUAUGACGUGCGUAAUUGUGUCGGUGAUCCGUAGUCAACACCUUGACUGGUGUUGCGCAUGCGCGUUUCAAAGCCCCCCCCCCAUCCCACCAGGAAGGAAAAGGAACGGGAGCCUGGAUGGAGAGAAGCAGGGAAAGAGUGAAAAUCCCACAAAAGCUGGACUUCUACGCUCGUCCAGGUAUGGCUUUCAUGGCUGAUUGAGAUGCUGAUUGGGAUCCACCUCAUCUGACAACCAUGGGAGGUUGUAUUGGAAGAGAAGGUGGGAACAGAUCCAGGACCGGUAGACGAAAUGGGAGAAAGGGGGGAGGACGCAACGAGCCCUUGAAGAAGGAGAAGCCCAAAUGGAAGAGUGAGUUCCCCAUGACUGAGGGCCAGCUGCGCAGCAAGCGGGAUGAGUUCUGGGACACGGCGCCGGCCUUUGAGGGCCGCAAGGAGAUCUGGGACGCGCUGAGGGCGGCAGCGAUAGCCCUGGAGAGCAAUGACCAUGAGCUGGCCCAGGCCAUCGUGGAUGGAGCUAGCAUCACACUGCCGCAUGGGUCUCUCUCCGAGUGCUACGACGAGCUGGGUAACCGUUACCAGUUGCCAGCAUACUGUUUGGCGCCUCCAGUCAACUUGAUCUCAGAGCGCUGUGAGGAGGAAGUGGUGGAGCAGCCCGAGCCGCAGGUCACCCACAAGAGGGAGUUCCAGCUGAAGGUGCGGCUCUCCACAGGCCGGGACCUGCGGCUCACUGCCAGCAUGGCCAACACCAUUGGCCAGCUGAAGAAGCACCUGCAGGCCCAGGAGGACAUCGACGUUGCUCACCAGCGCUGGUUCUUCUCAGGCAAACUGCUCACAGACAAGACUCGCCUGCUGGACACCAAGAUUCAGAAGGACUUUGUUAUCCAGGUCAUCGUGAGCCAACCCACUGUUCCCAAAUGAGUUUGGGUGGAUUGGGUUUGGUUAGGGGGGUCCUCUUGGCUCACUGGCUGUGGUGCUUUUUUCUUGGGGGCACAUUGCACAGGUUAAAGGGUGGGGCUACCAGGGACAAGCAAACCGCUCCGGAAUUUUCUGAGAAACUGCACCGGGGUGGAAUCCCACACGCCAUGCAGGCCAGUUGUCCCCUUAGUCUCUCAGGGACUGUGUGUACUGAGACCUCCCCUUUUAUUUAUGAUGCGUACCCCAAGUGUGUGCUUGUUCAAAUACAAGACAAUAGCAGGUGACAGAGAAGCGGAUGGAGUUCAGGGCUGGGGCAGUGGGCUGCAGGCAGCAUCAGGGCCCAGGUGCUGGCAACUCUCAAAGGGAAGCAUGUGAAUGUACUCCUGGAGGCUGCUGGAGCAGCCUGACUUUGUUCACGACUGUCUGUGUAAGGAGGGAAGGAGAAAGUGCUCCCAAGCCUUCUUCUUAUUGAGCCCUUUCUCUAACAAUUCAGGUUCAGGAUGUAUGGUAGAUGAGUGAAGGGAUGUCUAUGCAGUCGCUCUGGGGGAUUCUCACCUCUCUGCUCCACAGUUCUCCACGGUUCUCCAUGGUUUUGUGUCUUGAUGUCUUCGCUGCUAUUCCCCAAGGAUCAAGGAACAUUGAGGCCAACUGGCCUUUGGAGAUCUAUGAGAUAUUAGUCACUUUGAAAAGCACGCCAGUGCAGCCAGUGAUUCCACUGAAACGACAAGCCAUCGAUAUGAAUCCCGUGUGUGUCAGUGACGCUUCCUGUGUUUUCCCAGAGUAUCUCCUAAAUUACUGUCUGAUGUUCUCUUCUGCUUUCCUCUGCUGUGAGCAUCACAGUGCACUUCUUUAAAACUGUCACUGCACAUGCUAGAGUGCACAGAUCCGCAUUAAUGUACGUCCGAUUCGCGUGACUCUGCAUUGCAGGUCAAGGACUUCAGCCCACCUACAUUCAUAAUCAUUACGAGUCUAGUCCUAAUACCUUGAACAGAUUGCACUUGAUAUUAUUUUUGAAGUCACAUAAUAAUACUGUACAAAGUGGUUCUGUAAGCAUAUAGCACAUUUGUAGCAUGUAACAGUCUCAUUAAAUCCUUCAAUAUCCAAGUGGAAUAUCAGACCACAAGUAGAGUCCCUCUGUUUAACCGUACAGUCCUGUGGGUACAGCGAUACACAUCUUCACAUUUCUGAACACUUUGAGUCUACAUUUGCAUUGCUGCUUAAUUCACAUUAAAUAAUCACUUCAUGUUCCUGUGUUAGUGUGUUGAAAUGUUUCUCUUAAAGGUCAUGAUCUUAUCAUCAGUGUGUGGAAUGAAGUGUUGAGGUAGUGUCUUUUUUUACAAUAAACCCACUAAGGGAAAGCGAUUGCUUAAUUUAAAUUGUAGAUCUUUUCUGUCCUUGAUUUGAAAGGGUGAUCAAGGGGCAGUUUCCUGACAUUUGACAAAAUGUAAAGGAAUACAACCCUGUGUGUUUAGAAUGCUUUAAGGAUGUAACUGGAAUAUUAAAAGAUGAUUUCUAAAUUUAA